AUGAUCAAAAGAGAUCAACAAGACAAAUUUAUCAACAAUAAAAAUUCCAAUGAAAAUUCAUUCAAUGUAAAUAAUCAUAGAAAAUGUAAAAAUCAUUCAUUUGAACCUAUUAAUUGUUUAGUGGAUCGACAUCAUGGAUGGUAUACUGAAAUAAUUCCUGUGGAUAAACAACACUAUCAUCAUGAUAAAAAGCAUUCAUGUGAUUAUAUUGUACAAACCAAUUUCAUUACAAAUAAAACAAAUAAUUCAAUCAAUAAACCAUUAAAUAAUUCAACAAAACAAAAUGAAAUUAAUAACAAUAAUAAUAAUAAUAAUAAUAAUAAUAAUAAUUCUACAACAGAAAAAUUCAAAUUAUUCUCUUUAAUUAAUUUUUCCAAUUCAAAAUUAUUGAAAUCAUCAUGUAAAUCUGAUAAAUUGCGUAUCAAUCUAAUAUUACGACUACGUAGUAUUUGGUCACGUUCAUCAUCGAAAUCGCAACAUAUUGAAUCGAAACAUGCUCAUAAAUCAUUGAUCAAUCAUCGUUUUCAUCAACAUCAUCAUCAUUAUCAUCAUCAACAAUAUGGACAUUGUCAAUGCGGUAAAUCAAUCAAUAAAACAGAUAUUCAUUGCAAAUCUGUUCAGCCGAAACAUUGUCCACAAGAUCAUCAUGAUGUCCAAAGUGGUAGUAUGAGUCAUCCAAUGAAAAUGGGAAAAUCAAUAAUCACACAUGAUGAUGUUCCGUGUGGUAUGAGUCAUCAUCCAAUGAAAAUGGAAAAAUCAAUAAACACAUCACAGUCCACACCUGCCUAUUCAUCAAAUGAACAUCAAAAUAAUAAUAAUAACAAUUUGAUGAUGAUACAAUUAUUCAUGUCUAGACAAUAUUAUUCGGAAGAUUGUUUAUUAAAACCGUAUAAUUUAUACAAUUCCAUGCAUCAAUGUUCACAUAUUCAUUUUCAAUUUGAUAUCAAUGAAAAAUCAAUCAGUCAUCGAAUAACUUCGAGUAAAGAUAAACUUACUUCUUGUUAUUUAUCUAAUUUAAGAUUAAAAUCAUGUAACAGUAUUAAACAUUCAUUAUCCACUGGUAAUAUAUGUUGUUUAUAUACAUUGAAUUGUGUCCCAUCGGUUGAAUGUAUAGCUCAACCGAUUACAUCAACGUCAUCGUCGUCACCGUCAUCAUCAUCAUCAUCAUCAUAUCAAAAAGAUUAUCGAUGUUCAAGUCUGCCACCGACUACAUCGAUUAUGAUGAAUCGAAGAAAUAAAUCUAAAUUAUGUUCCCCAUUUAAAAAAUUAAAAAAUCAUCCAUUUUAUCAAGAUACACAUCAUAAUUUAGCGAAAUGGAUACAACAAACAUUACAAAGCAGUAAUAAUAAUAAUAAUAAUAAUAAUAGUAAUAAUAUCAAUAAAAGCCAUUCAGAUGAUAAUAAUAAUUAUACAGAUGAUAACGACGAAAAUGACAUUAAUAAUAAUAAUAAUAGUAAUAAUACUCAUGCUAAUAAUCAAUUUAUUGAUAUGACAAAUUAUUUAAAUUAUAAUAAGCUUUCUGAAAAUUAUAAACAUGUCCAUUUUGCUGAUGAAUCAUCUCUCUAUUCAUCAAUAAGUACAUUGAACUCACUAUCAAGAUCAUCAUCAUUGUGUUCAUUAAACUAUUCGAAUAAUUCACAAACAUCAUGUUUUUGUUCAAUUUGUUCAUAUCCUUUAGAUAAUAAUACAAUAAUCAAUCAAAAAACCAAAAUAAAACAUUCAUUAUCUAAAGAAAAACUUUUUAAUAAAUUAAAAAAUUCUAAAAAUAAAAUUUCACUAAAUCGUACAUUAUCUAGUUCAAAAUUAGAAAUAAAUAAAAAUAAUAAAAUACCAUUAGUAACUGUAAAUUUAUUUCAUAAUGAUGUGGAUUUAUCGGAAUUACCUAUACAUGUAAUGCAUCGAUUGGAAACAGAAAGAAAAUGGGAACCAACAUUUUCAAUGCCAAAUAAAUGUAAUGAUUUUUAUCAACGUCUUAUUGAACAAAAAGUAUGCCUUUCAGAAUUUCAUUCACAAAAUCUACAUUCAUUCAAUGUUCAAGUGAAAGUAAUUCAUAAUAACGAUCAUCAGCAUCAUAAUUCACAAACAACUAGUUUCGAUUUUAAAAAAGAAGUCAAACUACGUUAUACAUUAGAUAAUUGGCGAACAUUCACUGAAUGUCCAUCAUUGAUUUGUUUAAAUCAAUUGACACCAAUGACACUGCCAUGCCAAAAUGAUCAAUGUAUAGAAACUUAUGAAUCGGAAGUGAUUCUCACCUUAACUCCAUAUGAAUCAAAAUAUAAUCAAUUAGAAUUUGCUGUAGUUUAUAGAGGUGAUCAUUUUGAGUAUUGGGAUAAUAAUCAUUCACAAAAUUAUAAAUGUUUUGCAAGUUCUUUCUAA